AUGGCUAAACGAAAAUUUGCCUAUUCAAAAGGUAUUGCAGAAGAAUCGGCUUAUAGCGAUCCGUUGAGUGAUUGCACAGGAGAUUUCAACAUUCUACAGUUCCUUGACGAUAGCGACACACCAGUCGAUAGUCCAGUAGAUUCCACUCGCAUUCCUUUGCACCAGGUUCAGGGUCGAAACAAUACUACCGUUCCAGAUCCUAUUAACGAGAUGAUGUAUCAAAAUCCUGCACGGCUUCCCGAUAGCCCACCAAUAACCGACAUUAGUGGUGCUGGGUCGUCUGGAUCGCCCAGUUCAGCGUCUGAUUCACCAUAUUCUCCAGAUACUUAUCAAAAUUAUCAGGGUAGAGUCAAUCUUGUUCAUGGUAAUCAGUCAAACGGGAACGGUUUAAUUCUUGGUGUGCCGCCCGAUGUAGCCACUCAAAUGCUGAUGCCUCAAGAAUUGAUCACUCAAAGCCAUCAGCUAGGUAAUCGUAUUCUACAACAUACGUUACCGUCUCCACAGUCUGAUUUCAUGGGUGCAUACACAGCACAAUCAACACCUGCUCCAUUACCCCAGACAUCUCCAUCUUCGGCGAAUAUACGUCAAGUGAACAGUGGUGGAUAUAUGAUUCAGAAUAACGGCUAUCAAGUUGAUCCGUAUACGAACAUGAUGAAUAAUGUGAACGAGAUCAGCCCACAAAACAACGCAGAUGCAGCCACGAAUCGAAAACGUUUACGUACUGAUACGCAUCCGUCCAAUAAUGCAGCGCACAUAAAGAAUGAACCACAAAAAAUUUAUUCUUUACCAAGUCAACUAUCAAUAGUACCAUCACCGGUGACUACCGAUGAAUUCGAUGAUGCAUUCCAUCAGCAAGCAAUCAAGUUUAGUCGCUUCAAUGAAGAACAAUGGGCACCGUUAUUUGACGUCAACCAACGUCCACUGCAUCAACUUGAGAUGCAUGUGGUCGCUGAUAAAGGUUUUAAUUACAGCAAUAUGGACAGUUGUUUCGUGAAUCAAAAGAAGAAUCACUUCCAAAUCUCAGUUCACAUUGAAGCCAUCGACAGUCAUCCUCCAAGCUUCGUAAAAGUUGGUAACGAAUUAAAGUUGAUAACUGAAUUCAAGUUGGCAUUUUGCGGGGUGAAAAGUGAAAUGCCAUCAUCAGAGAUUCAAAUCAAGCAAUCAACCACUGAUCGAAGACCCGUUCCUCACGAUCCAGUCUCCCUCGAAAUUCACGAGCGACGGAUGACCAAAGUGACGGUACCACGAUUGCAUUUCUCUGAAACAACAAUGAACAAUCAACGCAAAAAUGGCCGACCAAAUCCAGAUCAGAAAUAUUUUCUGUUGGUUGUACGUUUGAUUGCAUGCACUGCCGAUGGGCUCGAUCCUGUUGUGCAGGCGUAUCAGUCCGAGAAAGUCAUUGUGAGGGCAUCAAAUCCUGGACAGUUCGAACCACCAGAUUCGGAUGUGGCGUGGCAGAAGAACGGCUCGACACUCUUCUACAACAAUGGCUCGGUAGCAAUCGGCAUGGACCGCGCGAUGGCACCACUCACUGUCGGUGGUGAUAUUUAUUGCUCUGGUGUCGUUCAUCGACCAUCAGAUCGUCGUGUCAAAGAAGAAAUUCAUGAGGUUGACACCAAAGAUGCAAUGUCAAGAUUGGCACAAAUUCGUGUGGUGGGAUAUUCAUACAAACCAGAAAUUGCUUUACAAUGGGGCCUUUCCGAAGAAAAUCGUCAUCGUGUUGGCGUCAUAGCGCAAGAAUUGGCAGAAAUAUUACCGGAUGCCGUCACUGACAAUGGCGAUUUCUUACAGGUUGAUGACUCACGUAUAUUCUAUGAAACAGUCGCAGCAGCGACUGAGCUCUGCCGUCUAACGGGUAAUUUGGAGCACAAGAUAGAAGCGGUAGAGAAGCUAUCAAACAAAUUGGCAAAACUGCAUAAACGUCGUCUGAAUAAGGAUAUUGGAAGUAUGGCAAGUGGCCUCAGCGAUCUUGGCUUCUCGGAUAAAGCGAGUUUCAUGUCGUCGCAUUUGUCACUCGCAUCCACUACCCCAUCUUGUAAUUCGCGAGAAAAAUGUCGAUCCAGAGAAGAUCGUGCGAAUGAUAGAAAGCAUCGGCAUUGUCGAAAUCCGUCAUGCCAUACAAGCGAACCGCUUUUGUGCAGUUCAAGAUUCACUCAAGGAACAAUCGUGACUUUAGUUGUUGUCAUGGCAAUCUGCCUGAUCGCAAUGUCAACGUUAUACGUGCUGGAUUGGCAUAGUCGUACGUUCGGUUAUCACCGUCGUGAUAUGCCAAUGAUAGUGACAACCACAUCACCGGAAACUGUUGGUAACAUUGGGAAUAUCAUCGAGGUAAAUAAAGAUCUGUGGCUACCACCAUCACAGCCAAAUGUGCCUCCCUUAGCAAUUGUGUGUGAGAAUCAGCAUUGUCAUACAUAUUGCUGCAGCGGUAUGAGUAGCCAGCAUCAUUAUGAUCGGAGUGCUAAUACCAAAUAUCAGAAAGGCGAUAUGUUGGUUGGUUUACGUGAGCAACGCCUAACAGCGUUGAUUCCUAUCAGUGGAAGCAGUCGUGCAACGAUUAGUUCGCAUUCGCCAUUACCGUCUGGUGUAAAUAUUGAAGUGAUCACGCUGAAUAUGACGCUUGAUGAACGUUACUGCGUCGAGAACAGUUGUCAACCGCGUCGUGGGCUUUACACGCUCUACGUUCCCAUUUCACCUUUCAUGCCGGCGAUUCCAAUCGAAAUUCGUAUCGACACGCAAGAUAAUGGUAAUUACAUCGACAACUGUGGUAGUCUCCGUGAUUUUGAUCAAAAAGCAUGCACGUUCGAUCAGGAGCCCAUCAAAACUGAAGUUAGCACCCGUCCAGUCUCGCGUAAAAUAACCGAUGAGGUUUAUGAAUUAUCAGUUGGUAAUUAUAUGCAGAGUGCUUAUCGAUUUCGAAUCGGUUAUAGUACUGAAUCGUGCAAUAUGAGCGAAUCCCAGCGUGGACGCAGCUUCGAUGAGUAUAAUAUUGUUUUCUAUCGACAAUGCGGAGCAUCGCAGUAG